AUGUUUAUGAACAACAUGUGGUUUAAGAAAUUAUUUCGAAGAAAGGCUCCUGAUGAAAAUACAUCACUAAUGGACACUGGAAUCUCCGUGAAUACCAAUGUGGCAUCUGGAAGCGUCUCAAAUCUAUACAAUGAUGCUACAAGAGGCGCAUUCAAUGUUUUUGACGUUCAACAGCAACAUGAUCCCGAAAAGACGAGACUUGUAUUUGUGAACGAUGAAAUGGCAAAUGUCAAGUAUGGAUUUUGUGACAAUUCGAUCAAGACUACAAAAUAUACAUUUUAUAAUUUUUUGUUUAAGAAUUUAUAUCAACAGUUUCACCGAUUUGCAAAUUGCUACUUUUUAUUUAUGGCCUUACUGCAGACUAUUCCUGGAUUAUCACCCACUGGACAAUUCACUGCUUUUAUUCCUCUCUGUUUUGUGCUGAUUUGUACCAUGUGUAAGGACGCUUAUGAAGAUAUCAAACGAAGAGUUUCUGACAAGGUGACCAAUAACAAACUCACACGAGUGUUCAGAGAUGGACAAUUUGUUGAAGUAUUUUGGAAGGAUGUGAAAACGGGAGAUAUCUUACAAGUUUAUAAUAAGGAACCAUUCCCUUGUGACAUUGUUUUACUAUCAUCGAGUGAACAUCAAGGUAUUUGUUAUGUGGAAACAUCAAGCUUGGAUGGUGAAACAAAUUUGAAAAUUAAGAGAUGUAAGCAUGAAACUACGUACUUAUCUGCACCAGAAGCUUUAAAAACUGUGAAAGCAAUUUUGGAGUGUGAAAAACCAAACAACAGAUUGUACAAAUUUGAAGGAACGUUAGUAUUAAGCACUGGAAAGAAAUUGGCCGUGGAUCCCGAACAAAUCUGUCUUCGAGGAUCUUCUCUCAGAAAUACAGACUUUGUGAUUGGUGUUGCUGUUUUUACAGGUCACGAUACCAAGCUCAUGAUGAACACCAAGGAGACUCCACACAAGACUAGUAAGAUUGAAAGAAUGACCAAUCAACUAGUUUUUAUCAUGCUCGCUAUUGAAAUUUUGUUGGUCAUUAUUUGUGACAUUGGUCUCAUUAUUUGGACUGCACGAAACAAAUCGGCAUGGUAUUUAUUUGCUGGAGUGGUCAUUGAUGCAGAUUAUUUGGCUUGGUCAGGAUUCAAAGGAUUUUUCACCAUUCUGGUGCUAUUAAGUAAUUUAAUUCCAAUUUCUUUGUAUGUCUCUAUUGAAGCUGCCAAGUUAGUUCAAGGUAUCAUGAUUAGUAAGGAUUUGGCCAUGUAUCAUGAAGAUACAGAUACUCCAGCCAUGGUCAGAUCCUCGGCACUGAACGAAGAUUUAGGAGCCAUUCAAUAUAUUUUCAGUGAUAAGACUGGAACUCUUACACAAAAUAAGAUGGACUUUUUGAAAUGUUCCAUUGCAGGAGAAGUCUAUGGUUCUGGUAUUACAGAGAUUGCAAAAGCUGCUGCAAAAAGAGAAGGCAAAAUACUCGAAGAUACUAGACCUCUCAGUGCAAAGAACAAUCCAAACUUCCAAUUUUAUGACGAGAGAUUGAUGGAUGGAGCAUGGAAAGAUAGUCCUCAGAAAAAUGAAAUUUUAGACUUCUUAAUCUUGCUGGCUGUGUGUCACACUGUCAUUCCUGAAAGGUCUGGAGCAAAUGGAGAAAUUGUUUACCAAGCUAGUAGCCCUGAUGAAGCAGCACUUGUUAAGGCAGCUAAAUAUUUGGGCGUUGAAUUCAUUGCUAGAUCACCAAAUGACGUGACGUUUUCAAUAUUAGGAGAGGAAAAACAAUACCAAAUUUUGGACAUUAUUGAAUUUUCUAGUGACAGAAAGAGACAAUCUGUCAUUGUGCGAAACACAGAAGGUCAAUUAUUAAUUUUAACAAAGGGAGCAGACUCUGUCAUUUAUCCCUUAUUGGCUCCAAACCAAGAGUACAUGGAUGUGACUUUAAAGCACUUGGAUCAAUUUGGAGACGAAGGCCUUAGAACUCUUUGUUGUGCCAAAGCAUAUCUCGACGAAGAAGAAUAUGCACAAUGGCACAGAGAUUACGAGGAAGCAAAAACUUCACUCGAAGAUAGAACUCGAAAAGUGGAAGAGGUAGCAGCGAGAAUUGAGAAAAAUUUGCUUCUCGUCGGCAGUACAGGUAUUGAAGAUAAGCUUCAAGAAGGAGUUGGAGAUACUAUUUAUGAAUUGAGAAAAGCAGGUAUUAACAUUUGGGUGCUCACAGGCGACAAACUUGAAACAGCAAUUAACAUUGGAUUCGCUUGUGACUUGUUGAACUCUAGUAUGACGUUGUUGGUUGUCGAAGGUCACACCAAUGAGGCCAUUAAGGACUUUAUAGAAAAAAGUAUCAACACUGCCAACAUGAAUAACAUCUCACACGAUGCUCUUGGUUUGGUUGUGGAUGGAGAACGUUUAAUUCACAUUUUAGAAGAUCCAGCUCUCAAAAAUCUAUUCCUCUUGCUUUCUAUCAAAUGUAAGAGCGUCAUUUGUUGCAGAGUUUCGCCAAAGCAAAAAUCAGACGUUGUAUUGUUAAUUAAGCAAAAUGUCUCUGGUAAUACUUUGGCUAUUGGAGAUGGUGCUAACGAUGUGGCCAUGAUUCAAAGUGCUCACGUUGGUAUUGGAAUCAGCGGAGUUGAAGGCCUGCAAGCAGUGAAUGCUUCAGAUUAUGCGAUUGGCCAAUUUAGAUUUUUGAAGCGAUUACUUCUUGUGCAUGGAAGAUGGUCCUAUAGAAGAGUCUCCAAAUUAGUUCUCUAUUGCUUUUACAAGAACACUGUCUUCUUUUUGACGCAAUUGUGGUUUAUUUUCUUUAAUGGUUUCAGUGGAACGACAUUGCACGACAAGUGGACCAUUGCACUUUACAAUUUAGUAUUUUCAGGAAUUCCAAUUAUUACUCUUGCAGUUAUUGAUAGAGAUGUACCUGCACCAGCCGCUGAAAAAUUCCCAGAAUUAUAUUUCCAAGGUCAAAAGAAUCGAUUUUUCAAUCCAAGAGUUUUUAUUUAUUGGGUCAUCAACUCUAUUUUCCAAUCAGUGGUUUGCUUCUUUGUUCCUUACUUUGCUUUGGUAGGAACCUCAUUCCUGGAUGGUCAAGAAAUUGACACUCAAACGAUUGGUAUUGCCGUUUAUUCUUGCGUGCUUGUGGUCAUUACUGUGAAACUCAGUAUUGAAACCUCCUCUUGGACAUGGGUCACUGUUCUCAUGUAUGCUGGAACUCUUGCUCUUUGGCCAGCGUUUAUCUUUAUUUAUGGCUCAAUUUAUUACAUUUAUCCACACCCAGUUCCUGUUGUUAAGGAAUUUUAUGAAAUUAUGCAACGAUUUAGACUUUUCUUUGCUCCUCAAUUUUGGUUUGUUUUAUUGGCUGUGACAUUUAUUUGUUGCAUUCGUGACAUUUUCUGGAAAUUGUGGCUUCGAGCUCAAUCACGAAAACUCUAUUAUGACAUUCAAAAGCAUCACAAGAAGAAGUCACGUGAAGACAUUAUGGAAUUCUUCCCAUUUGAAGAAGGUCUUCCAGUUAAGCUUAAGAAGAAGAAGAAAUUCAAUCCUAUCGAAUUGCAAGAAAUUAAGAAAAUAUUUACAUCAAUUGCCAAAGUGGAUUAUCGUGGAUUUGCAUUCUCACAAACAGAUAAUCAACAAGAUCUCAUCAAACAAUACUACAGUGGAGAUAAUGCUACCAAUAAUGGCCAACAAAAGACAACCACGACGACUUUAACAUCCGAUGAACAAAAGAAGGACACAAACAUGUAA